AUGAAACUCCUUCUGCUGGUCACUCUGCUCACAGCUGGAUCUACUACAUUCAGAAUCAGCCCUCAGGCUGGGUGGCAGUUUGGCAAUGUGUUCGAGUGCAAAAUCCCUUUAAUUUUCCCCAUGUCGGAGUAUAACUACUAUGGCUGCUACUGUGGCUUUGCCAUCUGGAACAACUGGGUGGAAGACUUAGACAGGUGCUGUCAGAUUCGUGACCACUGCCAUGCUCAGGUCAAGAAGCUGGAAAACUGCAAAUUCCUCUUAGACAACCCCUAUAUCACCUCCUAUACGUACUCAUGUUCUGGGAAUGAGGUCACCUGCAGUGGCAGAAACAACACCUGUGAGGACAUGAUCUGCAACUGUGACCGCCAGGCUGCUACCUGCUUCUCCCAAGCUCCAUACAACAAGGGGCACAAAGGAGGUGCUACUACAUUGAACCUCACCCCUAGGCAGUUUGGCAAUGUGUUCCAGUGCACCAUCCCUUUUAUUAAUUACUUCUCGGGUUACAACUUCUAUGGCUGCUACUGUGAUGGUUUCAUAAGCUACAAGGAGAAAGAAUUAGACAGGUGCUGUCAGGUUCAUGACAACUGCUACACUCAGUUCAAAGAACUGGAAAGCUGUAAAUACCUCAAAGACAAAACCUACGGAAUGUCCUACUCAUACUUGUGCCCUAGGAAUGAAUUCACUUGCAGUGAGGAAAACAAUGCCUGUGAGGCCUUCAUCUGCAACUGUGACCGCCAGGCCGCCAUUUGCUUCUCCAAGCAGAACAAAGACAUUCACUGUUAG